AAACUGAUGGUGCUAAUGGAUGAUUAAAUGUCUGGGUUAACUUUAGUAGAAAUGUUUUCAUUGGGAUAACGCAAUUUAAUACAGUAUAAUAGAAUUUUCUGGUAUAUGUUAAAGUCCAAAUGGUGAUGUAUAAAAGCAAAGAAUGAAAGUCCCUUUGAGAAAUCUGCUUAAAAGCUGACUGUUUGAGAUUGCUGUAACCUUAUAACUCUUUAUUCACAUGAUGAGACAAUGACAUAAUUUAGAACUGAGUGGCUUAGUGAUAUAUGUUUCAUUUCGAUUCUUUCUACCAGGUGACAUUUACUGAAAGCUGACUGUUGAACUGCAUUCCAUGCCUUGUGCUAUCCAUCUGCCUUGGAGCUGCUGGACACUAAAGCUCUUCUAACUAGAUCAUUAUGCUGCCAGUUCCUCUCUUCACCACCCUGGUCUACAUUACAUCUAGAGAUAAUCAGCUGGCUUUAUUUUCCAGAAAUAAGAACGCGUCACAUCUGCUGUGCCCUGCAUCCUUGGUGUAAAGAGAGAGAACGUUUGCUCCAACUUCCAGAGAUCACUGGGGAGACAAGUCCUCUCUGAAUUUCCAUCUUGGAGUUGAGAUCUGUGGUGUUGUGAACUUGCCAAGCAAAGAGACUUGAAAAGCCUCUAUUUUACAGACUUCACUAUGAAAAAUAACAAAGCACAGCAUGGAAAAAGUAAAAUUAUUUGGUCCAUCCUUCUUGAGAAGCUGGAAAUUGGAGUUCAAGCCCCCUAGUCUCUAGUAGAGUAAAGGAGGUACGUACAGUAGAUGCUUGGGAUGCAGCUGGGACCAGUGAAUUCAGUUCCCACGUAGGAAGUAGAACAUGGCUCAAUUGUGUUCCCACUAAUGGUUUUCACUAGGUUUAGAAGUCACGCACAUGUGGCAAAAGGAGGAAUGAAAGCGGUAGUGCAGAAUGCAGUGUCUUGUUUGUUUUGUUUUGUUUGAAACUGAAUUCUGAAUAGGGAUAUUUCUUUACCCUUUUGUGCCUCUUCCGCUUUGUGUCAAUGGAACUCCCAGAUUUCUGGAGAAGCUUGAAACAAGAUGGGGCACCUGGGGCACUAGGCGUUUCUAUUCGCUACAUUUUGGAAACGCAGAAACUCCUUUAUCUAACCUGGUCCUUCCUUGUCACCUAAAAAGCGUGGAGUGAAUUAAACCAAAUGGACUUGCUUCAAAACUGUAAAACCAUGCAAGUAACUCAACUCACAGUGUAAAACCAUGCAAGUAACUCAACUCACAGGCAGUAAAUAGUGAGGCUUGCGAUGACUUAGCCCUUUAGUUAUUUAACUAAGUAAAUACAGUACAAUGGACAUAACUACGAUCAUGGAAAAGUAAAAAUUUCUCAGCAAGCAGCAGUAUUUUAAAUCAGUUCAGAGCAGAAGGAAAAAGCAGCCUGUGCUAUUUUCUGCAGGAAAUCUAGCAGAGAGAACUUAAUGUUCUUUCUUGUCAGAGGCUGCAAAUAAAAGUUAACUACCACAGACCAUUGAUUUAUGCAACUGAAACCGGUGCCGCAUUGUGCCCAGAGCUAUUAAGGAGAUAAAAUACCAAGUUAGGAACAAGCAAAAACUCUCUGUAAACUCUUCCUUUUUCUCCCAUGUUGUAAGAGUCAAAUUAUGGCAACAGAAACUAUUCAUAUCAAGUUUUCUUGCUCUCAGUUGUGCUCUGCUUUAAUAAUGUCACUCAGUAUACCCACAGCUUCUACGAUGGAGAAAAGGCCCUGGGAAAUCACUUGACCAUGCAGCAUGUUUUUCAGCUGCCCUGGCCCUGGCAAAGUUUGGAGCAGCCUAUUCUGUACCGCCAAUCUAAUACCAGUAUCCCAGAGAUGCUGAUGGAGAGGAAGCGUUGGAGCUGGCUAGAGAAACCGUGGCAGGGGACUCUCCACCGGGGAAAUACGACCACUGUGUGACACAGUUUCACCCAGCGCGGGCAGCCGCUACCACCAUGGCAGCAGUAACGGGCUCUGCUGCAGUGAGAAGUGCAAAGUCCUGCAAAAAGUACCGAACGCUGAAACGGCAUGCCAGCAUCUACACCUACCAGGAGCCACCCCACAGUAACUCGGACAAUGAUAAUGGCGAAGAAAAGGCUGACAGUCACGACCCAGAGCAGAUCUUUCAAAACAUACAGUACCAGAAGGAGAUUAUGUCCAACAUCCGCUGCAGGCCAUGGCCAAUGAGGCAGAAACUGAGGGCACUCAGACAAGCUAAAGAGAUUGUGCUGAAGUAUGAAGGAAGACUCACUAGAACAAGAGGGUACCAAGCAGCUGGUGCAGAGCUGUGGAGGAAGUUUAUUCGACUUGCAUAUAAUUUUGUGGUGAUAUUCAUUCCUUGGGAAAUGAGGAUAAAGAAAAUAGAGAGUCAUUUUGGGUCUGGAGUGGCCUCUUACUUCAUCUUCUUGAGAUGGCUGUUUGGAAUCAAUAUCGUACUUACCAUAAUGACAGGAGCAUUUGUAGUCUUACCAGAGCUACUGGCCGGAGCACCGUUUGGCAGCACAGUCAGCAAGACCAUUCCCAAGGAGCACAUUGCAUCUGCUCAAGAUCUGGACACCAUCUGGUCACUAGGGGGCUAUCUCCAGUACUCUGUUUUGUUUUAUGGCUACUAUGGUCGUGACAGGAAGAUUGGGAAGGCUGGGUACCGGCUGCCUCUUGCUUACUUCCUUGUUGGAAUGGCAGUGUUCGCUUACAGCUUUAUCAUCCUCUUGAAAAAAAUGGCAAAGAACUCAAGAAUGAGCUUAGCAAGCGCAUCCGAUGAAAAUUACACUUUCUGCUGGAGACUGUUCUGUGCUUGGGACUAUUUAAUAGGAAACCCCGAGGCUGCAGAGAGCAAAGCUGCUGCAAUAGUUAACAGCAUUAGGGAAGCUAUAUUGGAAGAGCAGGAAAAGAAGAAAAGCAAAAACCUGGCUGUGACUAUAAGCUUAAGGAUUAUCGCAAACAUCCUGGUGCUCCUCUCUCUUGCUGGAAGUAUUUACAUCAUUUACUUUGUUGUGGAUCGAUCCCAAAAGUUAGAGCGUACCAAAAAAGAAUUGACUCUUUGGGAAAAGAAUGAGGUAAGCGUUGUUGUGUCACUAAUUACAAUGAUUGCACCCUCUGCUUUUGAACUCGUGGCAGCUUUAGAGAUGUAUCAUCCAAGGACCACUCUUCGUUUUCAGCUUGCCAGGGUUCUCGUUCUGUAUCUGGGAAAUCUCUACAGUUUAAUCAUUGCUCUCUUGGAUAAAGUGGACAGUAUGAGUGUCACAGACUCUGACGGUAACAAAAAUGCAAGUAGUUCUACCGCCUCCUUAGCAACCAAAACUCUUCCUGAGGAAAACAACUUAUCUACAGCUAUUCCUGAUGUACAAAUUAAGAGAAACAGCACUGCAACACUGGAAGACAGUCGCACCCCAAACUUGACAGUUUCUGACUCACUGGUUAACAAAACAGUUUCCUUCGACUAUAAUACUCAAAAUCCACAGGAUCAGUGCUGGGAGACGUAUGUUGGUCAAGAAAUGCUGAAGCUGUCAAUUAUCGACAUGAUUUUCACAGUCGCGAGCAUCUUGCUAAUUGAUUUUUUUCGUGGACUCUUUGUCCGAUAUUUAAGUGAUUGCUGGUGCUGGGAUCUAGAAAGCAAAUUUCCUGAAUAUGGAGAAUUCAAAAUUGCGGAGAACGUACUGCAUUUGGUCUACAACCAAGGAAUGAUCUGGAUGGGAGCCUUCUUUUCACCUUGCUUACCUGCUUUCAAUGUUCUCAAAUUGAUUGGACUCAUGUACCUGAGGAGCUGGGCUGUGUUAACAUGUAAUGUACCACAUCAGCAGGUUUUCAGAGCAUCCCGAUCCAAUAAUUUCUACUUGGCCAUGUUGCUGUUCAUGUUGUUCUUAUGCAUGUUACCAACAAUUUUUGCUAUUGCUCGAUAUAAGCCAUCUUUAAACUGUGGUCCCUUCAGUGGACAAGAAAAAAUAUAUGAUAUUGUUUCAGAAACGAUUCAAAACGAUUUUCCUGCAUGGUUCAACAAAGUGAUUAAGUAUAUCAGCAGUCCUGUGGUUGUCCUCCCUGCACUGCUACUUCUAUUCAUGCUAAUUUAUUACCUACAAAGUAUUGCAAGAUCAUUAAAAUUCACCAACAAUCAACUGAGAAUGAAGAUCCAAACAGAAAGAACUGAAGAUAAGAAAAAGGUGGUUCAAAUGGCAGUAGCGAGAAUCCAGAGUCUGGAUGGGAAUGACAAGAGACCAGAGCAGGAAAGUGAUAUUAUCAGUCAGGAGUCUUCAGUUCGGUCCUCAACCCCCCGAAAAAAUGGCAGUGUCUUGAACUUCGAAUCUCCUGUGAGCAAAGGCACCAGAAUACCAACCAUUUCCCAGUCUGUUGCCCAAACUGUGCCCUCAGCUGAUGCAGCAAGGCCUGUGAACACAACUCCAACAACUUCAGCCUCUUUAACACCAGCUCCCUCAGUACCAAGUGUACAGAAACCAAGAAGCGACCACAUCACAAACAGGUACCCAAACAUUGUGCAUGGGAGUGCAAGUGAUCUUUGUAAAACAAAGCCCUACACACCAGUGACUUUCAAAAAGCAUGUUGAAGAUGUUCACUCUGAGCCUCUCUUUAGAAAAGGUAUUAGACAAGUAAAUCCAGAUGCUCUUGGGGCAGGAGCUGCUGUUUUCGUGGGACGUAGACCACAUGCUACCAGAUACUUUCUUGUUAAUGAACAUGAGUCCCGCAAAAAGCUGCUCCGUUCUACUUCCCGACUCCCAAGGCACUUCAGAAUGGACGAAGCGGGAGAUAUUAUUGAGUUGUAUCCACCCAAUGUCAGAAGAUACGUGGUUCGAACACCACACCGGAUGUAUUCCCCCCAUCCCAGUGAAGAGGAGGAUGAUGAAGAGGAUCUCAGGAGAGACUUGAUGAGCAGAACCUAUCGCCCCCGCUCACUGUCCGAUCUUCGCCCAGCACCCCGAUUUUACAUUGGGGAACAUGCUGAUGGCCACAUUCUUAUGGGCAAGGAUAUGGCCAAACUGUGUUACAAAUCCUGGGAUGACGGUUUUGAGCUAGACCUGGAUAGGCCCCCAUAUGCUUACAAAAAAGUACACCUGAAAAAUGUUGAAGUUGACCAGCACUAUCCUGAGCAACGUGUGAAACCUAAGUCAAAGCAUAAGCUGGAACAAUCUCCAACAGAAUCUGAUUCUGUCUCCAUUGAAUCCAGCAGCGAUCCACAGAACAGUGGCAAUGACCAAUACAUCCAGGUCAUUCACAGCAAGGAAAAGUACCUGAAACCGGGGGCAAAGCUCACCAAAAAGAAAUCACAAAACAGUGUUGAUCUAAGUAUGUCUGAGCCUAAUGAACUGGUAUGCUCAAAUGUCUGAGAAAGCGCCCCGUCAUUUCUGUGUUUUGAACUGGUGCAUCUGCACUCGUUGUACUUGCUGUUUGAGGUCCACUGGAGAAACUGUAACGUGCUCUUUGGCAUGACAGGGAAUGACGCAGGGGAAAACAUAGUUAGCCUCGUACUUUACUGUUAACUGUACCUCGCUUUAAUAACACACCUGAUACAUUACAACAUUUGGAAGAGAAAAUUAUUCUAACUCAUUACUAUUAUGCUGUAAAAAAAAGAAAAAAAAGAAACUACUGUAAAAUCGAAAGCUAUGUACUUGGGCACUUAAUUAAACCAGUCCAAAAAUG